AUGGCGCGCCGUCGUGGCAGGAAGGGACUGUCACUGCUGCUGGCCUUGGCCUUGGGCAGCGGCUCUGCUGUCGCAGCAUCCAUUACCGCCGUUGCGGCUGGUCCUGCACCCGCAUCCGCACCCGCACCCGCACCUGCAGCGCAUCCUUCGCCUGCAGUGCAACCGCAACCGCCGCAGCGCAAGGAAGACGCCGCGCCGCCGAGGGUACGGGCAGAUCGAGAUAGGCGCCAGCAGGCACCGCUGCAGCAAUGGCCUCUCCAUGCACCAGCUGCGGCCGAGGACGAAUCCCGAGCCCAAGCUGGUGCCCCGCCGGCGCCCCCCCAGCGCCGGCUUCACGGUCGCUUCCUGCACAUUACCGACUUUCAUCCCGAUGAUCUCUACAAGGUGCACUCCUCCACCGACGAGGACAUCGCCUGCCACCGCGGCAACGGCAUCGCCGGUACCUACGGCACCGCAAGGUCCGACUGCGACUCGCCCUACUCCCUCGUCAACGCCACCUUUGCCUGGAUCGAGGCCAACAUCCGGGACCAAAUCGACUUCGUCAUCUGGACCGGCGACUCGGCCCGCCACGACAGCGACGAACGUCACCCGCGCCACGAGGCUCAGGUGCUCGCCUCGAACCGCGCCAUCGCCGACAAGUUCGUCGAGACCUUCGUCGCCGACGGCUCCGGCAGGCUGUCGGUGCCCGUCGUGCCGACCUUUGGCAACAAUGACUUUCUGCCCCACAACAUCAUGCGGCCCGGCCCCAACAAGUGGUUCCAGGCCUACGGCGACAUCUGGAGACGCUUCAUCCCCGAAGAGCAGCGCCACCUCUUCGCCUUCGGCGGCUGGUUCGCCGUCGACGUCGUACCCGACCGCCUCGCCGUUCUGAGCCUCAACACCAUGUUCUUCUUCGACCGCAACGCCGCCGUCGACGGCUGCGCCGACCCCGCCGAGCCGGGCUACAAGCUAAUGGAGUGGCUGGGCGUCCAGCUGCAGCGCCUCCGCGACAAGGGCAUGAAGGCCAUCCUCAUGGGCCACGUCCCGCCCGCGCGGACCGACAGCAAGCAGAACUGGGACGAGACGUGCUGGCAGCGCUACCACCUCUGGCUGCACCAGUACCGCGACGUCGUCACCGCCUCGCUCUUCGGCCACAUGAACAUCGACCACUUCCUGCUCGCCGACACGCGCAACAUCGACCUCGCCACCGUCGCCGGCCAACGCCGCCCGCCGAAGCACGAUUCCAUCUCCCUCCUCUCCAAGGGCGACUACCUCCAGGACCUGCGCGACGAGUGGGGCGACCUGCCCGGCCCGGCCAUGAAGCCGCACGGCGACGGCGCCGGCGCCGACGACGACGAUGACGACGACGACGACGAUGACGACGCCCUUUCCCUCCUCUCCAAGGGCGACUACCUCGAGGACCUGCGCGCCGCGUGGUCCAACCUGCCCGGCUCCGUCAUGGAGCUUCUCGAUGACGACGGCGACGACAAGAACGGCGGAGAGGACGACGGCACCGACCGUACGUCGGGGAAGAAGAACAGGAAGGGCAGAAAGAGCAGGAAGAAGAAGAAGAAGAAGGGGGGAAAGAAGAAGGGCAAGAACAAGUACGACAAGAUCGGCGGCCUCUACGGCGAGCGAUACCAGCUGUCCCUCGUCUGCCCCAGCGUCGUGCCCAACUACUUCCCGACCCUUCGGGUGUACGAGUACAACGUGACGGGCUUGAACGAGGCGACGGUCUGGCAGGACGCCAUGGCCGCCGCGGCCGCCGACGACGACGCGGCCGCCUUCCACGAGGAGCUCAAGCGGCAGGCGCCCGCCGACGGGACGCGCAAGCGGAGGAAGGGUGGCAGGCGGGAGAAGAGCGGCGAGGACGAGGACCUCGUGGUGCCCGAGGACCCCCCCGCAGCCUCGCUUCCCGGGCCCGCCCACUACCCGCAGCCCUUCACGCUGACGGGGUACGUGCAGUACUUUGCCAACAUCACCUACAUCAACAACGACGAGGCCGGCGACGACAUGGACGCGUCCUCGAAGAGGCGUGGCGGCAACUCGGACGAGAGGCCCGAGCGACCGGUGCCGAAGCCACGCGCGUUUCGCUACGAGGUCGAGUACAGCACCUUUGACGACGCCAUCUUCCAGCUCAAGGACCUCACCGUUCGGAGCUAUCUCAACCUGGCCUAUCGCAUGGGCAGGAGGAAGAGGAACGAGUGGUCAUCGGCGGGAGGCAGCGGUGACGGCGAUGUCGACUUUGACGGCGACGAUGACGACGAGCGGGCGCAGGAGGAGGACGAGAAGGAGGACGAGGACGAGGAGGGCGACGACCAAGUCGACGGCGGUCGUUUCGACGCCAGCACAAAGGGCAGGAAGGGGAGGAAGCGCCGGCAGCGAGAGCGCAACAGGACCUGGCUGCACUUUCUCGACCACGCCUUUGUCAGGACGGUGCCCCGCGAGGAUCUGGAGGUGAUGAGAAGGUGA